CGGUCGUGCUCCUUUUCGCGCCUGACCCAGCGCCAGCGUCCUCUUGUUGUUUGCCGCAUGGUUCUCCCGUAGCUAACUUUGCCUUUUUUGUACUCAAGCACCGCCGUCGCCGAAUCGAGCUUGAGUGACGAAGUUGCCUUGUGCGCGGGUGAUGACUGUUGCAUGUGAUCAAGUGCUCCAGUGCCCGAGACAGACUCGCAUCUUCGCAAUUUCUCUCUCUCCGUUCUUGCCACUCCUCUCUUCUCUUACCUAUUGCCAGAGCUUGAGGUUCAAUUUCCAAGUCGUCCGGACUCCAGACCAGUUUUCUGCAACAGCUGGUCACAAUGGCCGUCACGUUGCCAGCAUUCUCCAACAUCGCCGCUCCGGACGUCAGAAGCACCGUGGCGCCGGUGCUCUCGACCCUCCCUGCUGCGGCCUCCUCGACGGAGCCUGCCACGACAGUCCUGCCAUCACUUUCGCCCAUUCUCCGACAGCGAGUCCAGCUCUUGGCGUCGGCCAGCUCGGAACCAUGGAUUCGGCUCUUGACCUACACGCCCUCCAAGGUGGCCGAACUAACGGGCAUCGCCCGGAGCGUGAACCUGGAGCCCCAUCCGGUGUCUGGCGAGAUCGAGCUGGAUUGGGACCAGGAAGUCGGCAUUAGAUACAAGAGGAUAGACGAGGAGACGUUGCAGACCAUGGUCGUGCUCAAGGAGUUGAACCUCUUCUUCCGCCUCGUCUACUGCACCGGGGACCCGGACGGUGGUGGCGACGGCUGGCGAGUCGGCGAAGUGGGGGUUGCCGACCCCUCUUUCCUCGCCUCAUUUGGCGGUUUUUCCAGCAUCGACGAGGCCGAGAAGUCGUUCCGAGCUUCAAAAUCCACAAACAACGCACCGCCGUCCGCCGCGAAUGGUAGCCAUGCGGCAACGCGCACUAACGGUGGUUGGAGUGCACAAGCUGGCGCGUACCACGACGACGGCGACGACGACGACGACGAUGAUGACGAUGACUACUGGGCUCGGUACGACGCGACGCCUUCUAGGACGCCGGCCAUGAAGCGCUCACCCGCUCCCGGUGCCGGCGGCGGCCUGGCUUUGCGGCCCGAUAUAAACCGCAGCCAAUGCACCGAAGCCGAGGAUGCCUAUUUCGCCCGGUACGACUCGGUCCAGCCGGCCAUGGACAACCACGACCCCGACGAGGAGACCAACCUCGGGGAGAAUGCUGAGCAUGUCGAGCCGCUGCCACCCCAGGGCCUAGGAAAGGCACAGCCUGUCAAGGCAAACAAGGCCAACGGGGCAGUGGACUCGGCGAAGGAAGCAAGCAAUGGCUCAAACCUGGCACAACCCAUCCCUAUCAAACCCGACUCGGUGCACUCGUCCGGCUCCGGAGCUAGUCGGGAGGAGUCGUGGGUGAUGGCUCAUCCCCGGCCCGGUAGCGCCAGCUCGACCGGCUCUCAAACGGUUGCCAAGCUGGAGGAAGCAGCCGAGAACCGCCAGCAGGCGGAAUUCGGGGUGAGACAACACAUUUCACGGAGCAUCAGGAGCCUGUUCUUGCUCUCGCGAGCCUCGGGGAUCGACAGGGAGGAGUUUGAAAGAAUGGUUCGGACCGAGCUAGAUGUGCUCGGUAUUGUGGAGGACGACAUCUGACGGGGGAGCCUUGGGGUGAAGCUGGGUUAAUGAGGGAAGUGGAAGCGGGCGGCUGUAUAGAAUGCCGAUUGCCGUCGUUAUUGCGCGUCUGUUGUAUAGGCCAAGGCGGGUUUGUCUGGUAUCUCAGUCGUAGGGGAUUCCGUUUUACGACUCGUUUAUUGUCUGGUCUGCAUUUGGGACGGAGUUGGCGGGCGUUUGAGGGAAGAUGUCUGUUGUGUACUGUACAAUGCGCAUUGGACAUCAGGGCACCGAAUGCGAUAGCGAGAAAGCAUAAUUACUGCAUUUCAAAUGUGGGGAGAGUAAGCUGUGAAGCCGUGCAAGUGAAGUUGACUCGUAGUCUGAAG